AUGAGCAGUGUGUUUGGUGAUGAAGUGAAGUCAGUGUCAGUGAUAGAGGGAGAUUCUGUUACUCUAUACACUGAUACUAAACUACAGAGAGAUGAUCUGAUACUGUGGAGGUUUGGACUUCAAAAGUCUCUUAUAGCAAAAAUCAAUGGAGUGGCCAAAGAGAUCUCAAUAUAUGACGAUGCUCCUGAUGGGAGAUUCAGAGACAGACUGCAGUUAAAUAAUCAGACUGGAGAUCUCACCAUCACAAACAUCACAACUCAACACAUUGGACUUUAUCACAUGAUCAUCAGCGGCAAACAGAAGAUCUCAUACAGAGUCAAUGUUACUGUUUAUGGUGUGUUUGUUAAAACAGAUGAAGUGAAGUCAGUGUCAGUUAUGGAGGGAGAUUCUGUUACUCUACAUACUGAUAUUACUGAAAUACAGAAAAAUGAUGUGAUACUGUGGAGAUUUGGACCUGGAAAUUCUCUCAUAGCUACAAUCAAUGGAGUGGCCAAAGAUAUCUCAGUAUUUGAUGAUGUUCUUGAUGGGAGAUUCAGAGACAGACUGCAAGUGAAUAAUCAGACUGGAGAUCUCACCAUCACAAACACCAAAACCAAAGACACUGGAGUUUAUCAAAUGAGCAUUAACAGCACUAAAGAGAGCUCAUAUAGAUUCAAUGUUACUGUUUAUGGUGUGUUUGGUGAUGAAGUGAAGUCAGUGUCAGUGAUGGAGGGAGAUUCUGUUACUCUACACACUGAUAUUACAGAAAUACAGAGAGAUCAUGUGAUAAAUUGGAGAUUUGAUGGGGUUCGCAUAGCUCAAAUCAACAAAGCGGCCAGUAUGGUGUUAUUAAAUGAUGAUGUACUUGAUGGGAGAUUCAAAGCUAGACUGGAUCUAAAUAGUCAAACUGGAGAUCUUACCAUCACAAACAUCACAACUAAAGACUCUGGAGUUUAUAAACUACAGAUCAGUGACAGCAGUAAGAGUAUAGAAAAGAUUUUCAAUGUUACUGGUGUGUUUGGUCAUACAGAUAAAGGAAAGUCGGUGUCAGUGAUGGAAGACGACUCUGUUACUCUAAACACCAAUGUUCCUGAUAUCAAGACAUAUAAUGUGAUACGGUGGAGAUUUUAUGAAAACUCUCCUCUAGCUGAACUUAACAGAAAAACUGGUAUCUUCUUUAUAUACGAUGAUGUUCAUAAUGGGAUAUUUAAAGGUAGACUGCAACUGGACCAUCAGACUGGAUCUCUCAUCAUCACAAACAUCAAAAACACAGAUUCUGGACUUUAUGAAGUAGAUAUCAGCAACAGCAGUUAUACCAUACAUCAGUUAUUCACAGUUACUGUCCGUGGUGGAGUGAAGUCAGUGUCAGUGAUGAUAGGAGAUUCAGUCACGCUGUACACUGAUGCUGAUAUUCACACUUAUGAUUUUAUCGAAUGGAUGUUUGGAGAUAAACGCUCACGAAUAGCUCAAAUAAAUAAACCAGAUGCACGCUUUGUUACGUAUGACGGUGAUGAUGGGAGAUUCAGAGACAGACUGAAUCUGAAUGAUCAGACUGGAUCUCUCACCAUAAGAAACACCAGAACUGAACACCGUGGAGUUUAUGAAGUAAAGAUCAGCAGUAAAAGACAUUCAUUACACAGAAGAUUCAUUCUGACUGUCACUGCAAUGGGUCUGUCUUUAGUCACUGUUGCGCAAGUUUGUGGUGCCUUCCUGCUUAUUAUUGUUGUAGCUGUUGCUGUGUUUUGGUAUUGCUUCAGGUCUCAUGGGAGAGUACCAAAUUUGGCUGUAAUAGAUAAGGAGAUGGAGGUGAUGGAGGGAGGUUCUGUUACUCUACACAAUGAUCUUACUCAAAUACUGAGUGAAACUCAUAUUAUAUGGAGCUUUGGAUUUAAAGAAGUCACCAUUGCUAAAAUAAAAAAAACAGGCAGCAAGUGUGUUGAUGAGAGAUUUAAAGACAAACUGACACUGAACCAACAGACUGGAGAUAUCACCAUCAAUGACAUCAGUAAUGAACAAUCUGGACUUUAUCAUCUAGAUAUCACCAAACGUAAAAAACUCUUGUCAAAGACAUUCAAUGUGAUUGUCAUCUGUAAAGAAAUAACAGUAAAUGCAGGAGAGUCUGUCACUUUAAAGACUUCUGUUACUGAAAUACAAAAAGAUGAGAAGAUCGAGUGGAUGUUUGGAAAUAAAGACACUGUCAUAGCUCAAAACAGUACCCUUAAUAGUACAUAUGAUGGUGAUAAUGGCAUAUUUAAAGAUAAACUGGAGCUGAAUCAUCAGACUGGAGAUCUCACCAUCAAUGACAUCAGACAAAGACACGCUGGUGUUUAUACACUAAAGACCGUCAUCAAUGGAAAUGUCUCUUUUAUGAGACUGCGUGUGACUGUCACAGAUAUGCCUGCACAGCAUUGUAAUGAAUUAAAACCUUUGAUAAAGAGUGAGACGUCCAGUAGCGGUGAUGUCUCAUGAUCAACAUUACAAACACAUUAUCUGUUACUGUUACUUGAAAUAUCACCAUCAUAGCGAUGACUUCAAGUUGUUUAAUAUCCACCUGUAUGUCCCAACUCAGCCUAUAUAUAAGCACAUACGUGACGUCACCUUCAGUCUUCGUCUGGUCGUGUUGAUAAAAGGACUACAUACCAGUGCUUUACCAGUGUCUUCUCCUGUUGGUUGUUUCUGUUACUUUGCUCCUGCAUUUCCUAAACCAAAGUCUUUUUCACCUAUCCACCUGUUAAAUGGAGAGGAUUAAACUCAGUAUUCAUAAGCAGUGUUCAUGAUGAAACAGUACAUGAUGAUUAUCCUGAUAAAUCAACUUGACCAAUUUACUUUGUAGUGUUGAUAAAGCUGUACUGGUAGAGCAGGACUCUUACAAUGUCAAGGUCAUGUGUUUAAUUUUCAUAGUUAAAUAUUUUUAUAGAAACAGGAAUAAAUAUUUGCACAGUAAAAUUGUGGAUUUACUGUCUCUGUAAUAUAACACUUUUUUAAAUUGUUGAAUCACAUAAAUGUAAUAAUAAAUAUGAUUAUGUUAUCAA